AUGGGGCACGCCCACGAUACAUUUGUUUGCGACAAAUCGAUCGCGGGUUGUGCCAGCCUAUGCUGCAAGGAAUGUCAAAGAUCAGCAAGUAACCUUCACGAAUGCCUUCAGCAGGCAGUGGAACUUUCAAUUAGCAUGAAUACUUCCUCCUCCAUGCUUGAUUCCACGAGUGCUGCGACAUCUCAAUCACGCUUCAGGAACGUACAUCGUCAUAGCGCCGAGAUGGGAAAAAGUUUUCUGAAGGGCAGAUCUAAAAGCGCGAGCGUUAGCCCCUCCCCUUCACAUACGGAAUCUGCACCAUCAUCUAAUAGACUUGUCGACGAAUCAACCACUCUCCCAAAGCCGCUCACUAAGAUUGGAAGCCUGGAAAAUACGGAGUGGGCUAGGGCCCUAACUCACUGGAAAGAAGACGUCCAACUGUUUACUAGCUCUUGGAAAAAAUCAUCGUUGAAAACAUAUUCAGCACCAUGGAAGGAAUGGCUAGCAUGGUGUUCUAGAAAUAACAUCAUUCCACAAGACCUCUCUCCAGACCAUCUAGCACAUUACCUGGGAUAUUUACACAUGGAGAAGAAACUCGCCCUCUCAACAAUAAAGCUCUAA